CAUUAUCUUCGAGAUUUCUCGAACACUAUGUUGUGGCUUUUAGCUCUCUCCUUUGGGGCGCUGGCCCUGACCCACGCUGAAGAUGAUACUACAGAGGCUAUGGUAAGGCGUCUUGUUUUUGCGUUUAUAUAGGAUAAGAGAGGAAAAGUCUGUAUGCGAUUGCAAGUUGCACAGCCGCCUAAGCCUAUCACGUUUCUGAGUAUAAAACAACUCGGUGGUUCAAGGGUACAUUCACACUCUAUCUGACUGACAUUCUUCCGUGGGCAAGCAACCCAAAAGUGUUUUGUAAGGUUUCGCUGCCACCAUUAAUACUCCUGGGUGGAUGAAAUGGGCUGUUAAGGUAUAGUGCGCAGCCCAAAAUGUAGCCAAUAUCACUAGGUUCUACAACUCUAUUGUCAAGCGAACUCAGUAACCAGUCCGUGUCUACCACAGGUGGUGAGGUGGAAGAUCAAACAUAAUCCAAACGUAAAUAUGCCACCAUGUUCUGUUAUCACUCGAAGAUUCAAGUCGACCUUUUGAAACUCGACGGCAAAUUAACCGUGUUCUCGUAGUGUCCCCUCGUUGAAAAGUACCUUCGUUUUCAGUCUGCUGGUUUUACAAGAUGGUGAGAAGGAGCAACUCGAUCGGUAGAGUAAAUGUAAAAUCGCUGGUUUCAAGUGGCUCGCGCGAGAUUCCUAGAACCAUCGCCAGGAUCUGACUGUUAUUGCUCUUUACACUAAAACUACUAUUCACCGUGUCUUUGUCCAUUAAGGAUCACAAUCUCAUUACAAAAAAGAUACACUGAAUUUACAUACAUAUUUGAUACUUAUACCAUUCAUUGACUAACAGCUGAAGUUAUGUUUCCGUGGAAAAUCCUCAUUCUUCUUCUUCGUUGAUAACUCGUUAUUUCCUAUUAACUUGUCUUUGUUAUAGAAUUUCUUAAGCCAGUACCAUUACCUUUCGACCUCAAGGUCUGGAAAUCAUGAUGUGAACACUGCAAUCAAGAACUUCCAGCGUUUUGCGGGACUUAAGGUUACCGGCCGACUCGAUCGUGCAACAGUAACGCUUAUGAAAAAACCGCGAUGCGGAAUGCCUGAUGAUGUGGCAGCUAGGAGUCGCGUAAGACGUUAUAAGACUGGCUCGAAGUGGCGUAAAACACAUUUAACGUAUUUUAUCCAGCAUGGUAGAGAUCUGCCUCAUUCGCAACAAGAUCGCAUUUUCCAAAGAGCUUUACAAUACUGGGCUGAUGUCUCAGGCUUGUCCUUUUCCAGAUCCUCCAGUUCCAAUGCCGAUCUUAAAAUAAGGUAGGAGGAUGUAAAGGAAAAAAUGACGAUUUUGGCAUCAGCCACGACAAUCUUAAGGAUCAGUCAUGAUCUAUCACCCUGGACUUUGGGUGGGGGGGGGGGCGUUUGAUGAUAAAAAGAGCAUUAAGGGGGACUAUAGAAAAUUGACCGUCAAUUUACUGCAAAGGGGGGAGGGGUAGGGGAGAGGAUCAUAAGAAUGAUACGGGGCCUUAUGAGGGCAUCAGAUAAAUUUAUUGUGACACAACCAAAGUCCUCCUGUCCCUACCCACCCUGACUAUUAAAAUUUUGUCAAAAGUCAGGAAUUAAAGCGAAAAAAGUAAUUUAAGGAGCCCGUCAAGAUUUGUAUAUUAAACACAAAACUCUGAACAGAUAAAGGCUAGACCAAAACUUUUUUAAGUCGGUAAGCAUAUUCAAUUUACGUUUUCGUUUUAAUUUAUUAAGCGUCCUUAGUACUUUACCUCUAAUUGUAACUAUACUUCUGUAUUUCCAAAGUUUUGGAUCCAGAUCUCAUGGAGGAGUAUACGGUGAAAGGAGAUGCAACUUCCCUUUUGACGGGCCGGGAAAGGUCUUAGCACAUGCUUUCUUUCCAUCAGAUGGCCGUGCCCAUUUUGACGAAGAUGAAACAUAUACAGACGGGCAGUCAAGAGGAACAAAUUUACUGUGGGUUGCCACCCAUGAAUUCGGUCACGCUCUGGGUCUUGAGCAUUCUGAUGUGCGCAGAGCAAUUAUGUAUCCUUAUUAUACGGGAUACGUUGAAAACAUGCAACUCCAUUCUGACGACAUCAACGGCAUUCGAUCUCUCUAUGGUACUCGUCUUGAUUGUUGA